GGGCUUCCGGCGCGGGUGGGGAAGAUGGCGGCGGUGGCCGUGGCCCCGGCUCUGGCGCGGAUGCUCGCCCUGUCAAGUCACCGUCUCGUGUCACCUUCCCUCAGCGUGACAUCAUUCAGACGCUGCUACAGAGGUGACAGCCCAGCAGAUUCCCAAAAAGACAUGAUUGAAAUCCCUUUGCCUCCAUGGCAGGAGCGAACCGAUGAAUCCAUAGAAACCAAGAGAGCCCGCCUGCUCUAUGAGAGCAGAAAGAGGGGGAUGCUGGAAAACUGCAUUCUGCUGAGCCUCUUUGCCAAAGAACAUUUGCACCGUAUGACAGAGAAGCAGCUAAACCUCUACGAUCGCCUGAUCAACGAACCCAGUAAUGACUGGGACAUCUACCACUGGGCCACAGAAGCAAAACCAGCCCCGGAGAUAUUUGAAAACGAAGUCAUGGCACUGCUGAGAGAUUUUGCUAAAAACAAAAACAAAGAGCAGAGACUGCGUGCCCCGGAUCUCGAAUACCUUUUUGAAAAGCAGAGCUGAGCAGGGCACCCUGCCUGUCACGGGGCACUUUCCUUGGCCCCAGCUGCUCCUGAUCAACACUGGCCUGUGUUUCCUGCUUCACCUUAGAUAUGCAGCCCACCCAGACCAUGGGUCCCGCCGCAGGUGAUGAAUCCACCUCUCCUAGGACAAGUAAAUGUUCCUUGACUCUUUGUGACAUUGUCUUUUGUUCAGUUCUGAGCCUCAGAAGUGGCUCUUCUGUGUGGCCGGCACGAAGCCUGUUCUCUGGCUCCUGGCUCUGGAGAUAGGCUGUGCCACAGGGGGGCGCUGCAGGGGAGGCCAUGGUGAGGCAGCUGCGCGUGCUUAGUGGAAAGCAGCCAGCCUCGGGCUGGAGGGAAAGCUUUGUUUAAGUGCAUUUCCCCCUUCUGACCCGCUGUGAUCCUCUCUGCCAGGAAAGCUAACCCACCCCCUGAGCUGAACCCUUCAGAGACACAGCAGGCAGAAUGAGGGCAGCAGGCAGCCCUGUGUGGGCAUGCUGCUUAAGCGGCAACAACCUCCUCCUCAGGGUGUGUCUAAAAUGUUCACUUUGUAAGCUGAAAGAUGACUGAAUAUUAAAGAACAUUGAAAAAACAAGGAAAAUCACAGUGCCCAGCCCUUGCAG